AUGUCCAGCCAAUUAGCAAUUGGAACAGCUGUGGGUUUAACGGGAAUUGCUGUGGUUCCAGGUGAGUUAGAAUAAGGUGUUUGGGAUUUCUUUCGGCGCUCCAAAGAAUCUAAGGAAGAUGAUUUUCUUCCAUAGAAAAUUAAAAAUAUUUUCCAGCAAUCUUCGCUGCUCUUUAUGUGCUCAAUGAUAUCAACACUUUCCAAAAUGAAGUUCUUGAAGAUUUAUCAGAAUUCAAGCAUUUUGCAAAUGACGCUUGGUCUCAAAUGAUUCCAGUUGUACCAUUCGAAAGCCUUAUCCGUAAAGCAAGAGGUCUUCCAGCAAAUUGUAACUGUGGCCCUCAACCAAAGAAUUGUCCAAGUGGUCCAAGAGGGCCACCUGGAUUCCCAGGAUUGGUCGGAGAAAAUGGUCCACCUGGAAAACCUGGAAAUCCAGGUCGUGAUGCUUUCGAGAAAAAUGUUAUGGCUAACUUCAACAAAAAUGUUAAAUGUCCAGCUGGACCUCCAGGACCUCAAGGCCCUAACGGACUUCCAGGACAUCCAGGACCUGAUGGAGAAUAUGGUUUGGAUGGGCGACCUGGAAAUAAUGGGGCUCCAGGAGCUCCAGGAUUGCCAGGAGAUCAAGGAACUGUUGGAUUACCAGGAACUCCAGGAGAACGUGGACCAUCUGGAAAUAAUGGACAACGUGGACGAGGACUUCCAGGUCCACCUGGACCAAGUGGGCCAUCGGGAGUUUCUGGAAACCCUGGAUCACCAGGACCAAACGGGCCAAGCGGACAGAACGGACCACCAGGGCUAUCAGGACCUAACGGACUUAAUGGUACUCCAGGAUCUCCAGGUCAGCCUGGACCAUCUGGAGCAAUCGGACAACCUGGACCUGACGCUGCUUAUUGCUCAUGUCCUCCAAGAAGUGUUGGUGUUGUUGGGGAGAACAAUGAUGGUGCAAAUAACGGACCACCAGCCUCAACUCCUACACCAUAUUAA